CGAGAUGUCAUUCUAUCGUACAUUUUAAAUACAUUUCUGCUAGUAUUUCUUUUAAGAUGAUUUGAAAAGGUCCACAUUGUAGUCGCAGCUGCAGACCAUAUAAAGAAGGCUGAUUUUAGGCAAAAUAAGGUUUUCGAUUUGAUCCAGAAUGGCGGCGGCAGUUGCUUCGCUUUCCGUUUUAAACUGACAGGUGUUCUGGAAACCAGCCACGGCAGAGAACAUUAAAGAUGUUACUGACAGCUGCUCGUCUGUCCAAAGUGCUGCAGCUCACCCUGGCGGUCAUCAAGCCAGAUGCUGUGGCUCAUCCUCUCAUGAUGGAGGCUCUUCAUCAAAAAAUUCUGGAGAACAACUUUGUGAUUGUUCGAUGCAGAGAUCUGGUCUGGAGAAAACGUGACUCGGAGAGGUUUUACGCUGAACAUUCAGAGCGAUUCUUCUAUCAACGGCUUGUUGAAUUCAUGUCAAGUGGGCCGAUGCGGGCGUACAUCUUAGCAAGGGAGGACGCCAUACGACACUGGAGGGAACUGAUGGGGCCAACCAAAGUGUUCAGAGCCAGAUACACGUCCCCAGACUCCAUCAGGGGCCAGUUUGGACUCACAGACACGAGGAACACGACUCAUGGCUCAGAUUCUCCCGAGUCAGCCCAAAGAGAAAUCAGCUUCUUCUUCCCAGAUUUCAGCGUGGAGGAGUGGAUGCAGAAGGAAGAGCCGUCGUUUCGGUCGGGACAGAUUCACUACGACCAACGAAACCACAUCCACACACUGACGGCGCCGAGCUGACUCCAGAUCAG